AUGUCUUUCAAGCCUCCCGUCAACAGGAGGCGUUAUCGCCUCAGGCGGACUUUGGGUGAAAUGAGCCUCUGUCUCGAUAUACCUUCCACGUCUUGUAAAUACUUGGCCUUCACCUUGUGCAUAAAUGAGAGAGAAAAAGCUGAAAAAAUCAGAGACCAAGAAGAGCGAAGAGAAGAGGAAGAGAUUCCGACGAGGAGACUCUCCAAGCAAAAAAAGAGGAAGAGGAAGAGGAAAAAGAGGGAAAGAGCGAAGCACCGUAGUGGGGUUGGCGGGAUGGGUGGCCAACCGGGCCAAUCCCAUGAAUAUUCAUCACCACACGAAAAGAGCCAAAACUCGCAGCUCCCCAAAUACAGUCUAUUCCUGAGAUGGGAAUGGAAAUCGCGAGACCAGGGCACCUCCUUCGAACUUGUGCAUAAAGGAGAGAGAAAAAGCAGAAAAAAAAUCAGUGACUUAGAAGAGCAAAGAGAAGAGGAAGAGAUUCCGACGAGGAGACUCUCCAAGAGGAAGAGGCAGAAGAGGAAAGAGCGAAGCAUUUUAAGAAAUGGUGAUUCCACUUGGAUGCUUAUGCAUAAAGGAGAGAGAAAGAAAAAGCUGGAAAUUAAUCAGAGACUAAGAAAAGCGAAGAGAAGAAGAAGAGAUCCCGACGAGGAGACUCUCCAAGCAAAACAAGAGGAAGAGGAAAGAGCGAAGCGCCCUUGGUGCAUAAAGGAGAGAGAAAAAGCCGAAAAAAAAUCAGGGGAGACCAAGAAGAGCAAAGAGAAGAGGAGAGAUUCCGACGAGGCGACUCUCCAAGCAAAACAAGAGGAAAAGGAAGAGGAAGAAGAGGAGAGCGAAGCACCACGAUUCCUAUUAAGCCCAAGGGGAGGCCAUGAGAGACAGAUGGAGGAGGUUCUCGAAAUGGGUCCUAGGUGGGCAUUUGGGUCUUUCGAUAAUGAUGAUGUAAUGGGGUUGGCGGGAUGGGUGGCCAACUGGGCCAAUCCCAUGAAUAUUCAUCACCACACUAAGAGAGCCAAAACUCACAGCUCCCAAAUACAGUCUAUUCCUGAGAUGGGAAUGGAAAUCGCAAGACCGGGCACCUACCUUCGAACUUGUGCAUUAAGGAGAGAGAAGAAAAAACCUGGAAAUAAUCAGAGACUAAGAAAAGCGAAGAGAAGAAGAAGAGAUCCCGACGAGGAGACUCUCCAAGUAAAACAAGAGGAAGAGGAAGAGGAAAGAGCGAAGCACCCACAACCCAAGGAUCACAACCCACAACUGAACAACAACACAAAAACAAGGUACACAACCACAACUGAACAACACAGCAACAACAAGGAACUCAACAACACAACAACAACGAGGAUCAACCACCAUAACACAAGACCAUUGCACACCAACUACCAACACAAGAACAACAAAACACAAAAAGGGAACACAUACCCACUAACAACACCCAAGGAUCACAACAGCUCACCAAUAACAACCCUCAACAACUGA